AUGGAACUCUUUCGAGAUGCCGCUCAGCGCAGCGUGUCGCAAGGUGUCGCAGCUGCUGUUCUGUGUGGCAUCGUUUUCCACUUCUCAAUACGACCAUUCGAGUUUGAGCUGGUCAUGUUCCACUUCAUGGCAGCUUUCAUUUUGAGCUUCUUCGGGAUGUUCUACGUCUUCGGAUUGGCGAAAGCCUUACUCUUUGCGACCAGUUUCAGCACCGGAUUGCUCGCCAGCAUUGCCAUGUACCGAGUAUUCUUCCACCGGUGUCGAAAAUUCCCAGGGCCGUUCGCCGCGAAAGUCUCUAAAUUCCACGCUGCAAGUCUCGCGGCGAAGGACGUCAAAUACUUCAGAGAGCUGGAAAAGAUGCACGAGCAGUACGGUGACUUCGUGCGCACAGGUCCGCGAGAGAUCAGUGUUCUACGCAAGUCAGCCGUUCCGAUUCUUUACGGACCCAACUCGGAAUGUUUGAAGUCAACAUGGUACGGCCAAACCGGGAACGACCCAAAGAAAUGUUCCAUACAUAUGACGCGGGAUUUCAACGGCCACCGCCUUCGUCGCCGUGCAUGGGAUCGCGGGUUUUCCAUCAAAGCGCUCAACACCUACGAACCACGCAUCAAGGCAAAGGCGGACUUGUUCAAGUCCCAACUGGCAACCAAAGGAGCAACGUCAAUGGAUGUGUCCACCUGGUCAAUGUUCUUCAGCUUCGACGUCAUGGGUGAGGUCGGCUUCGGCAAAGACUUUAACAAUCUUACGAGCGGUGUCGAGCACCCUGCUAUCAAGGGAGUGCAUGCCCACAUGACCAUGCUGGGAAUUAUGAGCACGGUUCCGUGGCUCUUGAACGUUCUGGGCUCUAUUCCUGGAGCGGCGGCGGGCUAUUCGGACUUCUUCUCCUUCUGCGCAGGCCAGAUUCGCGAAAAGCACAAGACCUGGGACGGCGAGAAGUAUCCGCAAGACGUCGUAUCCUGGUUACUCAAGGCUGUCAAAGAGAACGACGUCUCCGCCUCGCCAAGCCCAGAAGCCUUGGAGGACGAUUCGAGAGUGAUGAUCAUUGCCGGAAGUGAAACUACAGCCACCACGCUCGCAGGAGCUCUUUACUACCUCGCCAAAUGCCCCGACAAGCAGAAAAGGCUCCAGCAAUUCCUCGACCAAGCAAUGCCGGGCGGAUACAGCCAGUGGUCGUACGAAAAGGUCAAGUCGAUCUCUUAUCUGGAUGAUUUCCUCAGCGAGACACUGCGACUUCGUCCCGCCCUCUUGACCGGUGGAGCGCGCGAAACACCAGCAAAGGGCAUCCAAAUUGACGACACGUACAUUCCCGGCAACACGAACGUUGUGGUUCCAGUCUCGCUCAUCCAAAGAGACCCUCGAUGGUGGCAGCAGGCUGAAGAUUUCGUCCCAGAGCGCUUUGGUGAAAAGAGGUUAGAGAUGGAAACUGAUCAGGCUCCAUAUCUGCCUUUCUCUCUGGGCGCAUAUAGCUGCCCCGGCAAGAACCUGGCCCAAAUGAGCUUACGUAUCUCGCUUUCGAUGAUCGCGCAGAAUUUCGACGUCUCCUUCGCGCCUGGAGAGAAUGGAGAGGCAUUUGAGAAGGAGAUAAUGGACACAUUCACCGUGACGCUUCCGGCUCUUCAGCUACGAUUCACUCCGCGCAAGAGUGCUUGA